AAGAACGAGUUUAUGGUGGAAUGUGACAGUGUUCAGUGCAUGGGAGAUGGGACGGAGUGAUUGCACCGUACCAGGUGUUGAAGAGGGGUGAGAGGGCGACCUAAAGAGAUCAGCAACAAACGCAGACAUCUCCUCCUCUCCAAGCCAGCAGUGUCAGCUGGUAUCCGGCUGGAAGUGGUUUGUCCACAGUGAUCCACACAGCUUUGGGGAAUAGAGAAGCAUCGGCAGUGACUGUGACUAUGGGGGCAUGCAGACUAUAAUGGAGAUGAAGACACUGACAGGACUUCUCUGUGGUCAUGAGUUGUGUCCUCCCUUCACUUCUGCGUAACUCGACCGUCUGGAUUUCCGCCCCACCUUCUGCUCACCUAUGCCUGCAGGACCAUGGGUAGUGUCAGCAGCCUCGUCAACAGCAACAGCGUCAACAGCAACCACUGCAAAGCUUCUGACUAUAGGUUAAAAAAGGGAGCCAACCAUCAAAGAAAGAGUGGAGGUUGCGGCCUUGACGGGUUACUCAAGUGCGGCUUCGCUCAGGGCUCCUCGUCCAUGACUCAUCCCUCUAAAGGCCUGGCCCACACUCGGUCAGGGCGAAGUGAAGAUUUUUUUUACAUCAAAGUGAGCCAUAAGCCAAGGUCAGUGUACCACAGAGGAGGAUCGAUGGAAGAUCAUGCAGGUGGAAAGAAGAGAGAUGGGGAAUCAGAUGAGAGACUGCAACCAAAACUGCUGCUCACGUCAGGAAAAAUGACUGAGAAGACCUCUGCUGAGAAGUCAUUGAUCCGUUCCAUUGCAUUCAAGCCUGUGAUUCCCAGGAGUACAUCCUCCACAGAGACAGACCACAUCCUUUGUCCUCUGGAGAAAGCAAGGACUCCAGACAACAGACACAAGCAAGACACCUUCUCAGGGACUCUCUCCGACUCGGGGCGUAACUCUAUGUCUAGCCUGCCCACUCACAGCACUAGCGGCAGCUUAAGUGCUUCCACGGGCCCUGUCAGUCACAGUGAUGGCAGCUCAGCUCCUGCAAACAGUCUCAGCAAGGGUGUACAACCCAGUUUCCCUCCAUGGGUUAAUGGGAAUAGCUCUAACCUUGACUCUAGCUGCAGGUCUGGUUUGAACAACGGGGGGUUGGCAUCCAAGGUAAAUGGAGAUGCAGGCUCCCCACUUUCUGCAGAUGAGCCAAGCCCUCUCUCUGAAACCUCAGGUGGGAUUCGGUCCCCUAUUACUACAGAUGAGUCACUGAUUGAACGUUUGGAACAGAGGCUGCUGGAGAGAGAGUCUGAACUGCAGGAGCUACAGGUGAGUUUUGAGGAGAAGGAAGCAGACACCUGCCAGUUAUUUGACGAAAGACAAAGGUACUGCACUGAGGAGAUGGAGGGGCUGAGGCAGCGAUGCUCCACAAAACUACGACAAGUGUCUCAAAUAGCUGCAAAAACCCAGCAAGCACUCCAGCUGCAAGUCAGGCAGCUCCAGGCAGAGAAGGAGAAGCUUCAGGAGGAUUUCUCAAAGCUAACCCGGGAGAAGGAUUUUAUUGAGCUCAGACUGAGGUCUUAUGAGACAGAGAACACACAGCUCGCUCCGACACUGGAGGAAACUCAAUGGGAGGUGUGCCAGAAGACAGGGGAGAUCUCACUGUUGAAGCAGCAACUGAGAGACAGCCAGGCGGACGUCAGCCACAAGCUAAAUGAGAUUGUCAGUCUCAGAGCGUCACUGAAGGAAAACGCAGCAAAGAUGGAGAUGCUCGAGCAACAGAACAAAGCCCACAAGGACAAACUCCACUCCCGCACCAUAGAAAUUGAGGUGAGCCAAAAUGAACUCCAGCGCAAGAAGAAUGAGGCCGAUUUGCUGAGAGAAAAAGUGGGCAAAUUGGAGACAGACAUUCAGGGAAUGAAACAGGACCUGGCCAUGGCCAAAGAGCAGAGACUGCAGCACAGUUUGCAACAUGCCCAGACUCCGGCCUUGGAAAUUCAAAUUCAAGGCUCAGAUUCUCUCGAACAGAGCCAAGGGGAGGAAAACAGUGGACACGACUCCACAGAUUCACUCCAGAGGGAAGUGGAGAGACUGAAGCAGCAGCUCAGGGAGGAGAAGGAUGCACAAGAGAAACUGGCCAGCAGCUUUGAGCUCGAGAGGCAAACGUGGAACAAGGAGAAAAACAGGGUCAUCAAGUACCAGAAGCAGCUCCAGAUCAACUACCUGCAGAUGCACAAGAAGAACCAGGACCUGGAGAGGAUCCUUAAGGAGCUGACCGCUGAACUGGAGAGCCGGACAGAGCUUGGCAUGGACAUCAACUACAGCUCAGGGUUACAAACAUAUGACGACGUUAUUGCAACAGAGAUUUAAUGGAACACGCUCACACAUUCAAAAGUGAACUGGGCCCACUUGACUGUUUUUUUCACCACUGAUAUUAAUACCUGGAGAUCAUUCACUGCUAAUUAGUGUUUUACAGGGGUUAUUUAAUAGAAUGUGCAUAAUCUAGUGUAUUUUGUGUCCAGGAAACAAAAAGCAAUACAAUAAAAAAAAGAAGCUUUUUGUGAUGACACUGUUAGUAAUUGUUUAAAAUUAAAUGCUAAGUUAUUUAAGUUUCAAAUGAGAAUAUUUUUUUUUAUUUUUGUACCAUGCUGUCUAACAUGAUGCCUCGUCAUUCUAAUCAUGCACAUGUUUGUAGUUUAAAACACAAUCUAUUAGCCCGGAUGGAGGCCAGACAAUAGCUGAUUUAUCUGUUUCAUGAUUAAUGUCUGAUGGUGACACAUGAUAAGCAAGAUCGUGGCUUAACAUCUGUCCCUUCCAGCACGGACAAUGGCAGUGAUAUAUCAUCUAUUGUGAGUCUGGGUUCCUAAACCUUAAUUUACUUUUUGCCUUGUGUAUCCACGCAACUGUAUCCUCCCACACUGUCCAUUCUCAGAGCAUUUCAUGAGUCAUAAACAAUACACAGGUUCUGUGAUGCGUGACGGACCACGUCAUUAAAUUUGAUUCAACGGUGGAACUCAAUAUGCAAAGAGAUAAUACUGAAGUUAAUAUAUUUUAUUAUAUCAUCUGUAUGUUUUUGUCAUUCUCCAGAUCUUGUAAAACUUUUCAGUGAUGAGUAAAUGCAUCUUACAAGGCAGUGCAAUUACUUCAGGUGUCAUAUUAAGACCUAAUAUUACUCUGACAAUCAAUCCACUUAUAUUAAUAUAUGAAAUUAUUUUCUAUACAAUAGCUAUUCAGGCUGACUGAGUUACUUUCAUGGCUCCAUCGACAACCUUGAACACAGACACUUUGGAUCAGGACUCUGUCGAGGCAAACCUUAAGCCUGAACCAUGCAGAGAAUUAAACUUCAUGUCAGACUAAUUCCCGAUACAAAAAUGCACACAGUACAGUAUAUACCAGAGAACACCUCUGACAGAUACCAAGGGUAAAUGCAAAUAUUGGGAUUCACUUUGUGUUCUGUGUGUGUUUGGAGAGAGAGAUAGAUAGAUAGAUUAAAGGGGCUGGAUAGAAUACAAUAAAAGCAAAUAUUCUAAGAGAAAAACAAGAGAAAAAAGGGUGAUCUCCCAGUAAUGUCUAUCUCUCUCCCUACAUUGUUCAUCUAACUUUGUGAGAGUUAGCUGGCACUGCUCCACUUGGAGACAAACAAUCCUUCCUAGCAGCAGCCCCGGCCAUUUGGCUCUACUAUUUUGGAGCUAUUCCACUUCCCACAAGGGCAAAGUAGUUUGUGAAGCAAAAGUUUAACUACUCCACCUACUCAAUACUCAGGGGCUCACAUAGACUAUCCAGGCUGAAAUAUAUGCACACACUGUGCCGGUCAGGAGUGUGUGGCAAUCUCUGUAAUGAGGCUGUUUAAGAUUACUCAGCUACCCGCCAUUACAUUACAUUACCUCAGCAGGUCAGGAGAGAUUUGACGGCAGACAGACUAAGUGGAGCUCUAAGAUGAGGUGCUGUAACCAGCGGCCCUCAAACUGAAGUGACUGAUAAGUGUUUUACAGCCCUUACUCUGGGAAAAAGUGGUCAAAUAGGGAUGUAGCAAAAAAAAAGAACAGUUGAUACUGUGGAUAUGGUACCGACUGAAAAUUUCUUGGAAUUCAAUCUACAAAAUCAAACGUGGAGCAACUCAGUGAACAGCUGGUGAGCUGAGAUAGAAUUGGAAAUGAGUACCGACAAACAAGCCGUGGCGCAAACACAGGUGAUCUAAAAAAAAUAAAUAAAUAAAUUUAAAAAAGCAGCAAAUGUUUGUCAUUUGUGCAUCAGUGAUCAUUCAACACCUUUGCUAAUUUACUUUUUUGCUGUAUACUGAAAUUCUGUUUAUCUCAAAAAGUGAAUUUUACAUCUAUCUCAGCAAACAGACUUGUUUACUGGAGCUCUUUUUUGGCAGAAGAAAACGGUGAGCAGAUUUAUCUGUGUUAAAAAAAAACACACACACACAACAACAACGAAGUUAUUAUGGGACUAAUCUGCAUUAUGUUUGCUUUUAAUGAUUACUAAAACUGUCCAUUAAUGCAGUUCAUAUUGAAGGGUGUAUGUGUAAAUACUUGAUUAUGUACAGCACACCCCGAUAUGGCUGUAAACGUAUAAUGGUGUUUAAUUUUUGUUUGUCAAACAACACAUUAUUUAUUACAUAACUUCACAAGAAUUUAGAAAUAAACAUAAAUGAUGUUGCGAUAUAUAUUCAAAGCUGUCAACGGCACUCUUUGUCAAUCCCUCAUUAUCACCGUCUAUUCCUUUUGGACUUAAAUAAUGAGAAGAUUGUUUUCCUCUCCUGUCUAAUCAUCUGAUUUUGGCCUUUGUGGCGUUUCCUUCUUCACGCAGUCGCUCUUUCCAGCUCAGCUUCUGUCAUAACUAAGCUGAUUGGACCAAAUCAAACCUGAAAUCAAAUUAAGGCCCAUUGUCAAUACGCGUGGCUCCGUCACUGGCAUGAAAGGAGGACCACACAGAAAAGAUAAGAAGAAAUUCAAAAUCGCUGGUUUGACAUGAAAGACAAUAGCGCCGGCUGGGCGAGGAGACGUCUUACACAAAAUAACCAUAUGAGAAUCAUCACCUACACAUAUAUGACUCUUCUCAUGGGCUCUGUGAAACAAGUAAACAGCCAUUCCCAAUGUACUCUAACAGCUGAAUAGUUUUUAGAGGCACAUCAUGAUAAUUAUAGCUUUCAAUACAUAUCUACUGUUUACUUAAUAGUAGCAGAGAGUUUCUUUUGGCGGAAGGUUAUGAUCCAAAUCUCUGUGAAUGGAUUCAGCUGAACAUACAGAGUUCUUGUCCAGCAGAUGUCUCGGGGUGAUUGGACAGCAGUUAGGCAGCCGUCAGAAGACACUGGGUGAUAAUUUAGCCCUGCCCUGCAGUGACAUGAUAAUAAUGCACUCAUAUCCUGCUGUGAUUCUCCUGAUCGGCUGACAGUCAAGCACAAAAGAGCCUGAAUUCAUUAGUAAUGGGGAGGCGUAUUUGCAGACCUGUUCAACAUUCAAAAAAGGGAACUCUGGUUAAAUAUUCACAGCAAACUAUUGUAAUAAAUUCAGAAUUUGUGAAAAAAAUCAAAUUGUACUCCUAUGAAUGGGAGUUUGUACUUCAUUGCAUGGCCUGACCCUCACCUCUAACAUUAUAAUAAAUAUUCCAUACCGGUA